CUUUACCUUGUUUAUUGCUGGGAUAUACCAACUCUCAAUCAACCAAUACUCCCCCUCUCCUCGAUGGCUAGUUCUACGAUCUAUAAUAUUUUUUUCAGAAAAAACUCUUCCUUCUACGCUACUAUUUUCGUGUCAGCUUUUUUCGCUAAAGUUGGCUUUGAUAUUUUUACUGACAAGGUUUGGGAGAAUGCAAAUGCUGGUAUGCAAUGGAAGGAUGUCAAGCCUCGCUUCUUAAACAACGAUGAAGAAGAGGAAUAAAUACUGUUCGGGGAUUUCUUUCUUUUGUGUUUCUGUACAGUCCCUCCCGACUGUCGUAAACAAAUUCAAUACUUUUUGAAGCUGCUUCAGUGAUAUAACCCUCAUUUCCCUCCUUUAUCUUUUUUACUUUCAGAACUUGCAAUGCCUUUUAGUUUCAAUUCGUUCUCUUUUAACAUCUUUCAACGAAUAAAUUUAAUUUCGCCAAGUCAUCCUUCUUCAUGCGACUGUAUCUGUCUUUUGUCUUGAAUCAAAUUGAAAUUUGUAGCUCAAAGUCCAUUCUUACUAAAUAUGUACACUAAAAUACAUGCAAAAGCUGCUAUACUGUCCAUAUUGAAGGCUUCAGCGAUUCGAAAAACUAAUGAAAAGAAUAAAAGAAGGUUUAAUUGCCGAC